AUGGGGACAGCAUGUUCUUCGACUUCUUCCGUGACAGUACCAUUUAGACCUACGAUUUUACCAUCGACAGUACGAACUAUUGUCUGGUCAUGGCAGUCUAACCCUGAUCCUUGGAAUGAGAAAGAAACAAAGGAAUGGAAACGUUAUUCAGAUUUUGAAAAUGAAUUUAUCGAAGAGAAAUAUCAAAAGAAGGAAAGUGAAGCGCAUCUGGGUAACUAUGUGAUUGAUUUGAAGGAAAUGGUACAAAUCAAGAAAGAUAGUUCAACGUUGCAGCGACCAGUGAAGAGGGAAAAACUAUGUGUAACACAGUUUGUGAGAGAAGAACGAUUUGCAUACGCGGACCAAGCAAUUGGAUCAUUUACAGACGCUUAUGAUUGGGGAUCAAGAUUCAUUGGGGAAUGGAGAAAAAGAAAUGAAGUACCAUAUGUUUCUGGUAUAUGGUCCGAAAUCGUUGAACAGGCUGCAGCAGGUGAUAAUUUUACACUUUGUUCUCCUUUGGUAUAUUCUGCGAUAGAUUCUCUUUUCGAUCUUGCAGGUAUUUUAAAAGAAGGUAGACAGUUAGACCAAGAAUUUGAUGCACAACAAAUGGCAGAAAAACUUCGACAAAUGAAAGACAAAUCAGAAGAUGAAAUUUACGAAUGUAUUGUUCGUCUUUACUCGGCUGAAUCAUUCCUUUACAAAUUAGUGAACAGAGCACUUCGAAGUGAAGAUAUGACAAAAGUGGAUACAUUAGGAGCUUAUGCUUGUCUGCUAAACCGAUAUUUUCGUAUUUCUUCUGAACCAGAAAAGAGAACUUUGUAUCGCGGUGCCACAUUAACAAAUAAAAUGAUUGACGAAUACGAACAGGCAACUGGAACUAUGAUAACGUGGCGUGCUUUUACAUCAACAUCAGAAUCGCGUGAAUUGGCCGAACAAUUUGGAAAUACGUUGUUUAUUAUUCAAGCUAAAGGUUUACUGAAUAACCCCUUUAAAGACAUAUCGUCACUUUCGCAUUAUCCACAUGAACAAGAAGUACUUUUUCCACCGGGACAUUGGUAUUGGGUUAAUAAAGUUGAACGUGCUAAAAAAAACGGAAGACAUUUAAUUUAUCUUUCUAACUAG